GAAAACGGGAGUGUUGUUGGCUGAACAAGUGCUGCAUUUCCUCUGAGCUCCAGAUGAGUCAGCGUCUGUGUUUGGCUGCAGCACAACUGCUCUGGACACUUUUGCUGAUAUUUAGUCCCAUAAUGAAGCAGCCUGUGCUUUAGCAUUCACGCAGGAGUGGAAGGAAGUUCAUCGUUUUCUUGAUACACAAUGGAUCAGUUUCAUCAUUUAUUUGCCAAAUUGGACCAGAACAAUGAUGGGUUCAUCUCCAUAGCAGAACUGCAGGAUGAGAUGAGAAAACAUGGGAUCCUCUCCUCCAAUGGAAAGAUGCAGGGUCUUGUUGAUUCUUAUGACAAAAACAAAGAUGGCCUGCUGGAUUAUGAAGAGUUCCUUUGUUACAUGAUGGACAGAGAAAGGAAAUGGAAGAUUUACUUUCAUGACCUUGACAAAAACAAAUGUGGGGUGAUUGACCAGGACGACAUCAUAUGUUUGUUUAAGGAGUUAGGAGUGGUCAUUUCAAAGCCCAAUGCAAAAAAAAUUAUACAAAUGAUUGAUAAGGACAGUUCCCUGACAGUGGACUGGAAUGAAUUUCUGCAACACAUCAUCCUCAACCCAGUGGACACCAUUGGGGAGCUGGUGUCGUCAUGGAAACACGGUCUUGUUUUUGAUGUAGGGGAGAGCCGGGGGAUUCCCAUCGAGUUUCCAGAGGAGGUGUCCGGCUUUGGUGCUUGGAGGACAUUCGUUAUGGCAGCAGGAAUGGCGGAUGCCGUCUCCCGGACUGUGACGGCUCCCAUAGACCGCCUGAAAACCCAGCUUCAGGUGCACGGGUCCAAGGCCUUGACCCGAGGCUUCAGUGAGAUGAGAGCCUGUGGUCUGCGGUCAAUGUGGCAAGGCAAUGCCGUCAACGUUCUGAAAGGAACGCCACAGUCCACGCUGCAGUGUCUCAUCUAUGCACAGAUGAAGGUUCACACCAAAACCUCGACGCAGGAAACGCUGUCGGUGCAGCAGCGCUUUGGCUUGGGCUGCAUCUCUGGAGCUGUGGCUCACGCUGUCUUCUAUCCUUUAGAGGUGCUGAAGGUGAGGCUGAAUCUGCAGCAGGCCGGCACAUACCAUGGUGUCGUGGCGUGUGCCCAAGAAAUCUACAAACAAGAGUCCCUGUCGUCCUUCUACAGGGGUUUUAAGCCUAGCAUCCUCUGCAUGAUCCCCUAUGCAGGUGUGGAGUGUGCCGUGCAUCAGUCGAUCAUGAACUGGGCUAAAAACGAUGUGGCGUACAACAGCGACUCCAAGCUGUUCUUCUUCAGCUUUGUGGCCUUUGCUUGUGGGCAGGUGAGCAGCUAUCCUCUGGCGGUGAUCCGAACUCAGCAGCAAGCUCAGGCUUUCAGGGCAGAUUCCCGCUCAGCCUCACGCGUGUUACCUGGACUUCUAGAGAUAUAUGAACAGCAUGGACUGAAAGGUUAUUAUGGCGGCAUGGGAGCCAGCUUCGUCAGGGCUGUUCCCUGUGCGCUCAUCAACUACGCUCUGACGAGGAAAUUUGAGAAUCUGUUUUCUUCCAUGGACUCUUGAGGAAAAACAGCGGCAACUGUCACUGAUGGGGAUUGUUUUAGACUUUCCCUGAACUCCUUUGAAAAAUAAUGUUUUUUUUAUGCAAAACUUGAUUUUUGUUUUGUUUUAUUUGAUUCUAGUUUCACCAAACACGAAACAUCAACUGCAACAGACUGGCGACCUGUUCAGGAUGUCCCCUGCCUUCACCCACGAGUGGCCGGUAUAGGCUCCAGCAGCCUCAUGACCCCGAAAAGGACAAAACGGGUUUAGAAGAUGAAUGAAUGAAUGAAUGAAUGAAUGAAUGAAUGAAUGAAUGAAUGAAUGAAGCAUCAAAGAGGAGUUUCAGAUUUCAGAGGACUUACAGAGUACUGUGACAUAAAGUACUACUUUAAAUGUAGGUAAAUUGUUGUAACCUUAGCCUCUUUUUUUAUAAAUAGGCGUUAAAAUUUUUAUUUUAUCACCAACAGUUGAGUUUUCUUUCACUUGCACAGGAUUUAAUAUACCCUGUUUGUCAGAAAUGAUCCAAAAAAGGUUUGAUGCUAGCCGGAGCAAACCUCUGCCAGUGGCUGCAUCCCUGUCCUUCUCCAUUACUUUUUCCUUCUGCACCUCUUUUUCCUUUACCAUUCUCAUCCAACUCCCUCCAGCUCCCAUCCUACCUGGAAGGCAUAACUACUGUCAACAUUCAUCAUCACAUCCCAGCGGUACUUUGAGACAGUGGUCCAUGCCUUCAUCACAACCCGGCUGGAUAACUCGCUUUAUUUCGGGGUCAGCCGGUUGUCCCUCUUAGAUCUACCGCUGGUCCUGAACGCUGCUGCUCGGGUCCUGAUUGGAGCGUGAAAGAGGAACCACAUUGUCCCCGACUGGCUGCCCCUUCAUUUUAGAGUUCACUUGAAGAUUCUUUUAUUUGUUUUUAAAUCUUUGAAUGGUCUCGCCCCGCCCGACCUUUUCUCUCCCUACAGUCCAGCCCGGUGUCUCUGGUCAGCUGAUCAGCUUCUCCUUGAGGUUCCGAGGUCUAAAAGGAAUAGCAGGGGUGAACGAGCCUCUUCCAUCUGCGCUCUGAAGCUUUGGAACGCUUUGCACUAAGUAUCAGGCAAGCUUCCUCACCGUCCAUUUUUAAAACUCUUUAGCGUUAAUGUACAGGGCUGUGUUUCAAUUUUAAAUUGUGUUAUACCAACACAACCGUCUGACGCGUGGCUUCCACGGCGUGCGUUAAAAAGUGAUAAUGCAUACUUUGUCAGCCAUUAACCCUUACUUAAAGCACUUUAUAAAUAAAUAAAGACAAUGAUGAUCAUCACACCUUAAACUUCCAGCUUCAGACUCAUCCUACCCAACAGUUUCUUCAGCUCUAGAACAUUCUUCUCAAACUCCUUCUCCGUUCCAUCAUGAAACAGCUUGAAUCUAUGAGCCUUGCUUUCUUCCCAUAUGGUCUUUUAAAGACACAGAAGAUCCACCUCCCAUGUUUUUGCAUCUUGUUGACCAACUCUAUAGAGUUUUCUCUAUCAAAGUCUGUACAUGCACAGUUCCUGCUUUAAGUCUUAGAAUCCUCCAAAGCCAAAUGUAUGGAUAUUUUCUAAAAUAUACAUACAGAAAUGCCUGUAACACAUCUUAGAUAUUUGUUCUGUAAAAUGUAAAAGAGGCACUUUCUCCAACAGGAGGGAAUUUAAUAACAAUCUCUGAGGAAAACUAGAAAUAAAUAUACAAACAACCUCUCCAUUAGUUUUUUACAGUUUUGUUCCGGGUUGCUAAAAAAGUGGACGACUGUGUUGCUCAACAAGCAUUUCAACUCACCUCAGAAUCCCAUACAGUCAUUGGUCUACAAAGCAACAACCAUGUUGCCGUGGUGGAGCUUGGUGGAGCGUUCCAGCUCCGUGGUGGAGCUAGAACGUUUUUUAUAUGGGGGGGGUGGGAGGUGGACAGAAGACUUUGGAGGGGUCGCCAAUGAAAACAGCAGAGUGAAGGAUCAAAAUUCAGACAGAUUUAUUAUUAUUAUUGUUAUUAUUAAAGACCUACAAUGAAAUCACAUUUUUGGUGUUUUUAACAUGUUCUUGCUGCAUUUUUUCUCAUGAUGGUGCACAGAUAUAAAGAAGAUUAUUUCUUCAUUCAAGUUGUUGUGAAUCAGGAGUAGAUGAAAAAAGAUUACAUGUGAAAAAGCUUGCAGUUGUUGCGUAAAAUCCAGUCUGCCUGCUCCGCUCUAUUCUGAUGCAUCCACUUGCAGACAAACAGAUCCACGAUUGUCUUUUUUUUCCUCGUCUGAGCUGGAAUCUGAACCGGGAACGCUAGGUUGGAGUGAGAGAAACUCUGCAGAUACUAUGUCCUGCAAAACCACAGUUUGUUUGAUUUUGCCAAUAACGGCAUUAUCAUCAUUAAAAGACCACUGGGAAUGCUUUGAAAAUUAGAUUAUAAGAUGAUCAGAGUAGGACUUUAAUGAGAUUUCCAAAAAAAUAAUUUCAUAUCGUGGAAAUAGUGCAGACAUGGCAAAGGCCAGAGCGUUGAUGGCUCAGAUGGACCGGCAUGCACAAAACAGGGGCAUAGCAAAUAUUGUUCACAAUGAUCACAGUUUAGAUUGGCCUCACAGGCGUUCCACAAGGGUCCUUUUUGGGCCCUCUUAUAUGUACUCAAACGACUUGCAAAAUACAUCAGAUCAUGGAGGAAUUUCUACACCUGCCACAGAAAGACAAAAAACAAACAAACAAAUACACAAACAAAUAAAAUCUAUAAAACUGGAUCAAUUCAGAGUUGUUUUAACAAAACAAAAAAGAGAUUGAACAUGACCUUGUAUAAGAGGUUACGUGUCUUUGGGGUGCACUGGAUUUACCUUUCACAUUCAGAAAACGCAAAAAACAAACAAACAAAUAAUAUCAAUAAAGCAUAGGCCUAUUAUUCUUAUUAUAUUAAGCAAAACAGAUCAUUCAUGACGGCAGCAGCUCUUAAACUGGCCUUAAACAAUAUAUCUUUAGGAAUGAGACAUGCUCAUUGCGGACUUGUGCCGUACUAUAAUUUGAAUGCUGUUUUAUGCUUGUGAUUGCGUCAGAAACAACAGAAGUAAACUGGCAAUUAUGCAUCAAUUAACCACAUUUGCAGCUAUAAGUGAUGCAUUUGAAUGCAUAUCAACGUGCACAGUCCCAAAAUUAAUAAUGGCAAAGAAAGAAAAACGUAAUUCUUAUUUUUUUCAAUUGAAAAAAAACAACAAUUGAGGUUAACAGUUUGUGACAAUUGUAUACAAUUAUGCAAAGUAUAGAAAAGUAGAAAAAAGUACAUGACAUGUACAAACAACAGAUGCAAGAUAAAAUAAAAUAAAAAUUUAACAAUAAUACAGAGGAAGAAAAAAAACUUAAAUAAAAGACAUUAAAAUAAAAAUAAAAA